AUGGUGGAAAAGGAAGGUCUCCUGCAGUGGCCAGGUAAGAUGCGUGAUACACUUGCGAAGAAAAAUUCUAAUAAGUAUUGCAAGUUCCACAAAGACAAGGGUCACAACACAGAAGAUUGUUACCAAUUGAAAGAUGAGAUCGAAAGGCUUAAAAGACAAGGAUACUUCAAACACUUGAUCGACAGGAGGAUUGAAGCAGGAGAUCGUAGUAGAUCAAGGAGUCGCGAGCGACAUCAAAAGGAGGAUGCUGGAAAAAGUUUAGCUCGGGACAACACACCUACGAAUGGGGUUAUUCAUACUAUUUCGGAUGGUCCGACGAACGAAGAUUCAUCAAGGGCGAGGAAAAGACAUGCUAGAGAAAGCAGAUUCAGAUAUGGAGAGCAGAAGAUGCAUGUGGAGUCGCAGGAAGACAUUGUCUUUGGUGAUAGAGAUUUGAGUUCUGGUGUUCUCGACCAGAAUGACCCAAUAGUCAUCAAGAUGGAUAUAGCAAAUUAUCAGGUACAUGAAGUGUUGAUAGAUAAUGGCAGUUCAGUUGACAUUAUUUUUAUUGAUGUUCUCAUAAAGAUGGAGUUGGGGAACAUAAAGCUGAAGCUAGUUUGA